AUGAGUACCGUGCAAAAAAGAGUUUUUGUUGGUAAUGUGUUGAAUAACCAAGAUGAAUGUUUUGAGGAUUUGUAUAGACGUUUCCAAACAUUUGGGGAAGUGAGUGAUGAGACUAAAGGAUUUGAUAUUCAUGGAACUUUCGGUUACUUAAAUAUAAAAUUUUCUGAUGAACAAGGUUUUCAGAAACUGAGGAAGAAUUUUAACAAAAUCAACUUCAAAGGUAAUAUGUUAGCAGUAGAUCUGGCAAAACCAAGUUUCCAAGAAUCAUGGAAAAAUCAACACGAAAAAGAUUUAGUAGAAAACGGUUUGAUAGAGAAGAGAAACUCAAAGAGAAAUUGGGAACAGUAUAAGAAAUUAGAAAACAUUCAAAUGUCCUGGCUAGAUCAUAAAGAAGUCAUGAAGGGGAGAAUGAGAAAGACACCAAGAAAGAAAAGAGAUCUAUCAAAUGUAACGUUUAGAAUUGAUGUUAAUGGAUCUUUGAAAGUUUACAAAUGUUACAAGACUAAACUAUGGGGUUAUGAAAGACACAAAGAACUGGGUGACCUUGUUUACAAAUUUGUCGGGAACAAAUGGCGUAAUGGGUUUGAUCAUAUUGUAGAUCGUCUAAAUUAUGCUAGAUCAAAGCAAUCCAUACAUUUCAAUAACCCAACCGAUGGAUCAUCAUUGACAAUUUCACAUGACCCAAGUUCUGUGCCAACUGCAGAUGAUGAACAUAUUUCUGAAGAAGAGAAAUUAAAGAAUAAUAAUGUAUUGUCAAACUUACUAAGCGGUUUUGAUUUUAAUGAAGUGACAAAUGCAGUAGAUUCAGAUGAGGCUGAAGAAUUCGGAUUUAACGCUAAGGAACAACAGGAAGAAAAUUACGGACAAUAUAAUAACGACAAUAAUUAUAAUGAUGAGGAAUAUUACAAUGAAAAUGGUGACGAUUAUAAUUAUAAUAACAACAACUACAAAGAGGAAAAAGAUUAUUAUAAUGAGGAACCUGUCAAGUCUCACAAACAAGAUAAUAACAAAAAUCAUACCUACGAAGAAGAAGAAAUACAGGAGGAAGAACCUAUUCCAAUUUUCACUGACAAACCUGUUAACAAUGUCAUGACGGGUACUGUUAGUAACACCGAAACAUUAAGAUCUCUAUUUAACCCAGAAAGUGAAUCAAAAUCAACUGGAUUUACUUUAAUGGCUGGAAUAGGAGAAGAUAUCGCUGAUGAUCAAAACAUACCAGAGGAUGCCGAAGAACAUAUAUCCAGUGUUGUUGGAAAGGACUUCUCUGUACAUGAUCAAUUGAAGGAAAAGAACCAUUUAUUCUUUGCCCAUUUCAAAUCCCCCUUCUUGUUAGGUCAAACCCAAUUAACUAAAAUUUCUAGUGGUGGAAAUAAUGAACUGUUAAAUAACUGGGACCAAGAAUUCUGGGAUAAUAGAGGUACAUGGACCAGAGAGAUGAAGAAUAAAAAGAGAGAUGCUCUAAGGCAACUCCACAAGAAAAAAGCUAAAGAAUCAAAUCAUAUAUUGAUAUAA